GGUUUCGAGAAGUUCGUCACGGCCAUCGUCGCGAACGUGCAGGCGCGCUCCGCCGACGGCCACUGGAGGCGGCAGAGCGACACCUGCGGGCUGCCAGAGGGGGCCGGUUGGGACCACUACCUCAAGGUGGAGUGCCGCGGCCUGUGGGGCCCCGCUCUCUUCGAGAAGUACGGCCUCCGCAAGUGGACCGACUCAGGCUGGGGCAGCGACGGCGAGCAGCCGUUCAUCCCCGCCGGCCACGGCGCCCCCGAGCCGACGGAGAUCCGGGGCAUCCAGGCCAACGACAGGGCACGCACACGCAUCGCGCCGACAAAAUGUUGAAGGUCUGCAAGUGGUACACAGAGGCCAAUUUCCUGAACGUCGUGUCCCUCUACGCGCAGGACAUCAUGAGCUUCGGCUACUUCGACGACGUGCGGCGGCUGGCGCAGGCG